AGGAAUACGCAGUGCAGUUGUCUAUCUGUGUGCAUCAGAUCUUAUUCGAUCCAACGGUCCACCAAAAACCCUAAUCACUUCUUCAUCUUUCUUCACUCUUAUAUAUAGCGUUCCCUUCCUAUUUCCCACAUAUAUUCAUACCACUCUCUCUAUCUACAACUCUUCGGCGACGUAUUUCUCUCUAAGAGUUAAUCAUGGGUAAAGAAAAGACUCACAUCAACAUUGUGGUCAUUGGCCAUGUCGAUUCUGGAAAAUCGACCACCACCGGUCACUUGAUCUACAAGCUUGGUGGUAUUGACAAGCGUGUCAUUGAGAGGUUCGAGAAAGAAGCUGCUGAGAUGAACAAGAGGUCAUUCAAGUAUGCCUGGGUGCUGGACAAGCUCAAGGCUGAGCGGGAACGUGGUAUCACCAUUGAUAUUGCUUUGUGGAAGUUCGAGACCACCAAGUAUUACUGCACUGUCAUUGAUGCUCCUGGACAUCGUGACUUUAUCAAGAACAUGAUUACGGGUACCUCACAAGCUGACUGUGCUGUCCUCAUCAUCGAUUCCACCACUGGUGGUUUUGAGGCUGGUAUUUCCAAGGAUGGUCAGACCCGUGAGCAUGCAUUGCUUGCUUUCACUCUUGGAGUGAGGCAAAUGAUUUGCUGCUGCAACAAGAUGGAUGCCACCACACCAAAAUACUCCAAGGCUAGGUAUGAUGAAAUCAUUAAGGAAGUUGCUUCCUAUCUCAAGAAGGUUGGAUACAAUCCUGACAAGAUCCCGUUUGUCCCCAUUUCUGGUUUUGAGGGAGACAACAUGAUUGAGAGGUCCACCAACCUGGACUGGUACAAAGGCCCAACCCUUCUUGAGGCACUAGACCAGAUCCUGGAGCCCAAGAGGCCAUCAGACAAGCCUCUCCGUCUUCCACUUCAGGAUGUGUACAAGAUUGGUGGUAUUGGUACUGUGCCUGUGGGUCGUGUUGAGACUGGUAUGAUCAAGCCCGGUAUGGUUGUCACCUUUGCCCCAUCUGGUCUGACAACUGAAGUUAAGUCUGUUGAGAUGCACCACGAGGCCCUGCAAGAGGCUCUUCCUGGUGACAAUGUUGGGUUCAAUGUUAAGAAUGUUGCAGUCAAGGAUCUGAAGCGUGGUUAUGUUGCCUCCAACUCCAAGGAUGAUCCUGCCAAGGAAGCUGCCAACUUCACCUCCCAGGUCAUCAUCAUGAACCACCCAGGACAGAUCGGAAAUGGAUAUGCCCCAGUUCUCGAUUGCCACACCUCUCACAUUGCUGUGAAGUUUGCUGAGAUCUUGACCAAGAUCGACAGGCGUUCUGGUAAGGAACUUGAGAAGGAGCCCAAGUUCCUGAAAAAUGGUGAUUCUGGUAUGAUUAAGAUGAUUCCGACUAAGCCCAUGGUGGUGGAAACCUUCUCCGAGUACCCACCUCUGGGACGAUUUGCUGUGCGUGAUAUGCGACAGACUGUUGCUGUUGGGGUUAUUAAGAGCGUUGAGAAGAAGGAUCCGAGUGGUGCCAAGGUUACCAAGGCUGCUGCCAAGAAGGGAGUCAAGUGAAUGGUGCUGGCUUCGACUUCUACUGAUGUAGAAGUCUAUUUAUUCGAUAAAUUGAGUCAUAAAAAUCAUUUAAGUUUUGUUACUUGUUUAGGUCAUUUAUUCUUCGUGUGCUUUUGUUUUCUGCAUUCCACCUCGCUUAGUCGAUCCCAGCAUUGGGUCCUUGACCGGCGGUGGCAGAUCUCAUCUGCAUAUGGGAUUCCUAUAUUUUAGUUUUCUCUGUUUGAGGUGCUCCAUUUUAUGGGCGGCUCGAGAGUUUUGUGUGGCGUUUCCUUGUCAAAUUACAGCAUAUUUUGUUUUUACAGUA